AUGGAAAAGGAGAACAAAGGAAUAGUAUGUGUUACAGGAGGAGCAGGAUACUUCGCGUCAUGGCUCAUCAAGAGCCUCCUUGAACAUGGAUACACCGUUAGGACCACCGUCCGGUCUGACUCCGGACAAGUUAGCCACCUGAAGUCCCUGCCAGAAGCAUCAGGGGAUAAGCUGCAGGUCUUCAUUGCAGAUCUUGAAAGACCAGAAAGUUUUGACGAUGUUAUCGAUGGAUGCAUUGGUGUAUUCCAUGUUGCUCAUCCCAUUAUUGAUUUUACAAGAAACACUGAGGAGCCGCAAGACAAAAUGAUCAGUACCUCUGUGGAGGGAAGCAUAUGA